AUGGUUGGGGUAAACCUUGCUGAACAGAUCUUGCAUAGUUUGGAAAAAAACUCUUUUACUAUGGAUUGGAAGUUUGUUUACUGAAUUCUUAUGUUAUUUACAAGAAAGUAAAGCCGGACCUAGUUGAGUUUCUUUGCUACAGACUAACUGUUGUGCAACACCUGUUAAAGGGCAAAUACUUUCAUGGUAGACCUGAUCAAGUGCCAACCAGACCUCUUGCAGAUGUUGAUCCUAAGAGACUUAACGGGGAGUAUCACUAUGUUGCUAUUGAAGAGAAUAGAAGAGACGGUGUUGUCUGUUCAAAGAUUGUCUCAGUACAGGACUUCAGCAAGAAUUUUCAAAACAAAACAAAUGCUGUGUGUCACCCUCGCCAAAUGGCACACAAUCUGCCUCCACUGCCACAUGCAGUACUCUUUCUUCCCCAUUCAAACCACUGGAGGCAGAGGCUUUUUUUGUGA